CACUAAAAAUUAUCUGACACACCACAAAGACUUUCAGUCCCACUUCCAUCUCAUCUCUUUCUGUCACACCUCUCUCUCUCUCUCUUUCUUUGACACUUCACAAAUAAUCAAAUCAGUACAUCCAAACACAAUAAACUUCAGAAGACAAACCGAAAAAGUGACUAUCAUUUUUGGCUCAUAAAAUAAAAGCUUUUUCGUUCUCUGCAUUUAGUCUCCUCUGUCACACAAAACCCAACUGGUAUAUGUCAUAUAAAUCCUAUUAUUGCUGUGCUUUGCCAGAGGAUGUCACUCUCCCACUGACUCCGUCCAAUCCAUACUUUACAAUUUUCACUUCAAACUUAUAUAUCUUAUGGACUCUCAUACUCAAACUCAAACUCCAGCUUCACCCAUGGCUCAUUUAGCAAGUUCUGGAUUUGGACUAGAAGAAGGGUCAUCUCAAAUAGGGCUAAAUCUUGAGCUUGGAAGAGGAGCAUUUCAGAACAAGGGAUCAUGUUCAUCAUCAUAUCAUGGAUUUACCAUACUUCAACUACAUGAGCUUCAGCUUCAAGCUUUAAUAUACAAGUACAUAGAGGCAGGAUUAGCUGUGCCUUAUCAUCUUGUUCAGCCCAUUUGGCAAAGUUUUUCUAGUACUGGUCUCAACAAUAAUGGACUAGGAAUAGUUGGGCCAAUAUUGUGUUUGGAUCCAAGGAAAGGGAUGGAAAAUGAACCAUGGAGAUGUAGAAGAACAGAUGGGAAAAAAUGGAGAUGUAGCAAAGAAGCUCUUCCUCAUCAAAAGUAUUGUGAAAGACACAUUCAUAGAGGGCGUCACCGUUCAAGGAAGCUAGUGGAAUCUUCUUAUACAAAUAGUAAAAAAACAACAAUGGCGACUGCUACUACUACAAGUACAACUAUGACUGAUCUUUCAAUUUCACUCCAUGUAAAUGAAAACAAUGCUACGAGAAGUACUAUUCUCUUCCCAAGUAUAGAUUUUCAACCUAAUUAAAUAGUGCUCCCAUCAAGAUUAGAUAUAUAUAUAGGUAUGUAUCAAGACAAACUUUUAUCUUGAGAAUUUUUGUGCUUGUUUUUCUCACCUGAAGUAUAGAGAAAUGUUUUGGGGGAGUACUUUUUA